GCAGAGAGGGAGCUUGGCCUGAAGCAGGAGAAGGUUCCAGGGGAGGAGUGGAGCAGCUGUGGGGCCGUGGCAGAGGAAACAGCCUCGCAUGAUCUGGAGGAGGCCGAGGCCACCAGCCCUAGGAGUACCUCUGAGGUAGCUAGGGGAUGGACUAAACACCAGUGUUACAGAACCUUCAGAUAAAAAUGUAUUGUGUAGAACAGAUUAGAACUUUGUCUGUCAGGAGGAAUAGGGGACCGUCAUGUCCACUCUAUUCAUUCACUGUCAGUUUAUCCAUCAUUUAGUCUGAAUCGACUCAUUAAUUUCCUCUGGCAGUCCACAGAGGUCGGAGGUCAGAAGCAGGACAGCCUGCUGAAAGAGGAGGCUCUCCCCAACACUGAACUACGGGAGAGAUGGGCCGGCUGCCUGGACGGUGAGUUGAGGAGUUUACAACAAACAUAACAGACCAUCUUUAUGAUGAUGAGAAUGAAAAGGAAAGUAGCUUAUAAUAUGUUGUCAUUGGUAUCAUAACAAAUCAACUUGAAACUUUAAGUUCACAUUUAGCAUUAGUUACUCUACUACAGUUUCUACUAUUACCAAUGCCUCUAAUGCUAAUGCUUCUAAUACCUCAUGGCUCCUGUGUUCUUCAGGGGCCAAUGGUUUCGGACGUCUCGGGGCCCAGUAAGAGUUUCAGUGAGCAGGAGCUGCAGCAGUGCCAGGAUGACUGGGGGUCCGGUCUAGACCAGGGGCCUGAACCACCGGGUCCCAGAGGGAGACCCAGGGGACCCCACUGACCCUCUCUACCGCCCUCGUUACAGCAUGGAGGAACUGGGGGGCGGCUUUGAGAAGUCUGGUUACGGCGCUGGUGGUGGUGGCGACCAUAUUCUAGACAUGGAAGGGCUGGAUAGGCUUCCUGGUUCCUCCGUCUCGUCUGGGGGCGCUGAGCUACGGAGCUGUGGGUCACUACCAGGUGAACCUGGGGGGGUCUGAGGGGGGAGACCAUCACCAUCGCUCCCACAUGACUGGCCCCCAUCAGAGCAUGAGGGAGCGGAUGGGGUCAACUAACGCGGUCCCCCCACCAGGAGGUGGGAGACCUGAACUGCCUGUUGAUCAACGAGGAGGGGUACCCUGAACACGGUGUUCCGGACAUGGGUAGCAGAGCUGGCCAAAGGGGUCUAACCUCCAUCCACUCUGGACGCUCAGCCCACAACAACAAAACAGAGAGCCUGUAUGGUGCCGCUGAUGACUUUGGACACUCUCUAAACCUCAGAGAUCGUUCACAAGAGCAGGUAACCGGAGGAGGGGGGAGGCGUCACGCCUGCAAUCAAUGCACAAUGACCUUCCCAGACUCUGGUUCCCUCAAGGCCCACAAGGAGAAACACAAAACUGGGAGAUGGUCGAGUUUAGGGCCAGGGCGUCUGUACUCCCGCACCCAGUGCGGUAAGACCUUCACCCAGGCCUGCAACCUCAAGGUCCACCAGGCCGAGGGACUCCACCUCUGCAGAGAUUGCGGCAAGGGCUUCACCUCCUUCUCCGACCUGAAGAGGCACAAAUGCAGCCAGACGACAGACAAGCCCUACUGCUGCUCCAUCUGUGGGAACAAGUUCAGUCGGCUCUGGAACCUCAAGCUGCAUCAGCGCAUUCACACGCAGGAGAAACCCCACCGCUGCACCAUGUGUGACAAGAGCUUCACACGGGCAGACAUUUUGAAGGUGCACAAGCGCACCCACACUGGGGAGAGACCGUACUGCUGUGCUGUGUGUGGACUCCGCUUCAAACAACUGAACCAUCUGAAGUCACACCAGCACAAACACAGGCCGAAUCUCGUGGACUGAGUGGUGGUCUAGAAAACAACUAUUUUUUGUUUAGUUUUAAUUUGACAUUGAGAACAUUUAUUUUUUGGGUGAUCAAUUGUUUAUUAAUAAGGACAUUGAAAAUAUGAACUGUUGGAAAUCUAACCCUGUGUUGAAUAAGAAUGUAUGCCUUAAAUUAUAGACUGUCUAUGAAUUGUCUGUCAUAAUGACCAUGCCAACCUACCAAACAUUUGAAUAUGGGGCAUUCAUGUGCUUGUGGGAUAUCGUAAGUCUGCCAUGAUUGUGUUCAAGUGCUUUUGAAGUCCGAACAAUUCUUCAACCAAUAAACAUUUAGCUAGUUAACGUUGCUAAUAAAAGUUAGCUUGCUUAACAUUGACAAUAUUGUCAAACUAGCUACAUUAUCCUAAUUGAUAGACUUUUCUGUAAAGAAUUUGAUUUUUUGUCAUGUUUUGGUUGAGAAAGUGAAAGGUAAAACGUCACAACUUGGGUAACAAUAUUUUUUCAGCGUUUUCUACUUCUAAUUACGACCUGGAGGGUCAUUCAAGUCCAGCACAGAUUUUUACAUAAAAAUAAAAACAUUUUAAUGCAUCUAUACCGAACAAAAAUAUAAACACAACAAUUUCAUUGAUUUUACUGAGUUACAGUUCAUAUGAAGAUAUCAGGUAAGUUAUAUAAAUUCAUUAAGCCCUAGUAUAUGGAUUUCACAACUGGGAAUACAGAUAUGCAUCUGUUGGUCACAGAUACCUUCAAAAAAAUGGGCCUCACAAUGGUCCUCAGGAUCUCAUGGUAUUUUUGUGCAUUUAAAUUUCCUUAGAUAAAAUGCAAAUGUGUUCGUUGUCUGUAGCCUAUGCCUGCCCAUACCGUAACCCCACCAUGGGGCACUCUGUUUGACAAAACUCCACAUUUAAUCAGCUUCUUGAUAUGCCACACCUGUCAGGUUGGAUUAUCUUGGCAAAGGAGAAAUGUUCACUAACAGGGAUGUAAACAAAUUUGUUCACAAUAUAUGAGAAAUGCGCUUUUUGUGCGUAUGGAACAUUUCUGGGUUAUUUUAUUUCAGCUCAUGAAACAUGGGACCAACACUAUACAUGUUGAGUUUAUAUUUUUGUUCAGUGUAGUUCAAAACCGCAGAACAUAAAAACCAUGACGUGAGACGUAAACACAGUACACCUACAUUCAAACUUGUUUAGGCUUAUAACUUUCCUAAUGAAUAACAAAUGACGAAUAACCAGAAUUGAUGUUUUAAAUACAAAUAACCAACUCAAUUCAAGUCAACAACUUGUAAAAACAUUUUUACACUUAGCGACGUCAUUCUCUUGCAGCAUGAUUCUUCCACACAACAAAAUCAGCCCCAAAUGUUUAGACAACAAAAGCUUUGACUCUUGUAAUCAAUACAUAAAAUAACAAGUCCUUCCAAAGCACUGUGAGAAUAAAUUGGGAUCCCUGCUUCGAUAAAACUAACAUGGCUGGGUUUUGAAUUCACAGCAAAUAGAAAGCCGAUAUGAGGGAAUAGUUAUUUCUAUACACCCUAUUCCCUAUACAGUGAGGGAAAUAAGGAUUUGAUCCCCUGCUGAUUUUGUACAUUUGUCCACUGACAAAAUGUUUUAUCAGUCUAUAAUUUUAAUGGUAGGUUUAUUUGAACAGUGAGAGACAGAAUAACAACAACAAAAUCCAGAAAAACGCAUGUCAAAAAUGUUAAAUUGAUUUGCAUUUUAAUGAGGGAAAUAAGUAUUUGACCCCAUCUCAAUCAGAAAGAUUUCUGGCUCCCAGGUGUCUUUUAUACAGGUAACGAGCUGAGAUUAGGAGCACACUCUUAAAGGGAGUGCUCCUAAUCUCAGUUUGUUACCUGUAUAAAAGACACCUGUCCACAGAAGCAAUCAAUCAGAUAGAUUCCAAACUCUCCACCAUGGCCAAGACCAAAGAGCUCUCCAAGGAUGUCAGGGACAAGAUUGUAGACCUACACAAGGCUGGAAUGGGCUACAAGACCAUCGCCAAGCAGCUUGGUGAGAAGGUGACAACAGUUGGUGAGAUUAUUCGCAAAUGGAAGAAACACCAAAUAACUGUCAAUCUCCCUUGGCCUGGGGCUCCAUGCAAGAUCUCACCUCGUGGAGUUGCAAUGAUCAUGAGAACGGUGAGGAAUCAGCCCAGAACUACACGGGAGGAUCUUGUCAAUGAUCUCAAGGCAGCUGGGACCAUAGUCACCAAGAAAACAAUUGGUAACACACUACGCCGUGAAGGACUGAAAUCCUGCAGCGCCCGCAAGGUCCCCCUGCUCAAGAAAGCACAUAUACAGGCAUGUCUGAAGUUUGCCAGUGAACAUCUGAAUGAUUCAGAGGAGAACUGGGUGAAAGUGUUGUGGUCAGAUGAGACCAAAAUCGAGCUCUUUGGCAUCAACUCAACUCGCCGUGUUUGGAGGAGGAGGAAUGCUGCCUAUGACCCCAACACCACCAUCCCCACCGUCAAACAUGGAGGUGGAAACAUUAUGCUUUGGGGGUGUUUUUCUGCUAAGGGGACAGGACAACUUCACCGCAUCAAAUGGACGGGGCCAUGUACCGUCAAAUCUUGGGUGAGAACCUCCUUCCCUCAGCUAGGGCAUUGAAAAUGGGUUGUGGAUGGGUAUUCCAGCAUGACAAUGGCCCAAAGCACACAGCAACAAAGGAGUGGCUCAAGAAGAAGCACAUUAAGGUCCUGGAGUGGCCUAGCCAGUCUCCAGACCUUAAUCCCAUAGAAAAUCUGUGGAGGUAGCUGAAGGUUCGAGUUGCCAAAUGUCAGGCUCGAAACCUUAAUGACUUGGAGAAGAUCUGCAAAGAGGAGUGGGACAAAAUCCCUCCUGAGAUGUGUGCAAACCUGGUGGCCAACUACAAGAAACGUCUGACCUCUGAUUGCCAACAAGGGUUUUGCCACUAAGUUGUGUUUUGCAGAGGGGUCAAAUACUUAUUUCCCUCAUUAAAAUGCAAAUCAAUUUAUAACAUUUUUGACAUGCGUUUUUCUGGAUUUUUUUGUUGUUAUUCUGUCUCUCACUGUUCAAAUAAACCUACCAUUAAAAUUAUAGACUGAUCAUGUCUUUGUCAGUGGGCAAAUGUACAGAAUCAGCAGGGGAUCAAAUACUUUUUUCCCUCACUGGAUAGUGUACUACUUUACCAGGGCCUGACACUCUCUGGUCCAAAGUAGUGCACUAUAUAGGGAGCCAUUUAAGACUCGUCCCCUCCCUAUCUGUGUUUGUGUAUGGUCUUCAGGUGUUUCUUCAGAUGGCCAGUCUGUUUGAAACACUUGCCACACUCAGAGCAGGUGUAGGGCUUCUCCCCUGUGUGGACCAGUUUGUGGCUCUUCAGAUUAUUGUAAUCCAGAAAUCCCUUCCCGCAGUAUGAGCACCAGUGUCUCUUCUCCCCGUUGUGCCACAUCAGGUGAACAUUCAGCUCCACACGCCUCUUGAACCGCUUCACACAGAGGGAACAGGCAAAUGGUUUCUCUCCAGUGUGAACGCGGAUAUGCGUCUCCAGGUCACGCCGGGUGAUCAAGCGUUUGUCACAGAUCGGGCAGACGAACGGACGCACGCCGCUGUGGACCACCUGCUCGUGCUUGGUCAGGCCGAAGCGGUAGACGAAGGUCUUGUCACACUGCGGACACUGGUGGCCCCGCUGGUCGCCGUGGACGCGGGCGUGGCGGUUGAGGCCCUUGAGGUUGGGGAAGUCCUUGCCGCAGGCGGAGCAGGCGAACGGGCGCUUCCCCGUGUGGAGGGAGGCGUGGCUCUCUAAAGCAGCGCCGCUGCUCAGGACACGACCGCAGUCUGCACACUGGUUCUUGGCGAGACGUUUCCGUGGAGACUGGGGAGACUGUUGGUGCUGGAACGGUCCCGGCGGUGACCACAUCGGUUGUGAUUGGCGGUAUCGGCGCCCCUGCUUUAACGUCAGCAUGCACUGGGGGGACUUCUUGAAUCCGGAGCGAGGGCUGACUUUGACAAUGAAGGGGAUAGGUUGAGGGUUGGAGGGAGACCGUUUCAAAUUUAAAGCCGCCACGGCCCCUGAACGAGGUCUUCCGCGACGAGAGGUGGUGGAAGUAACUUUGAACUGGUGAGGCUGUGAGUGAGGAGCGGUGGCAGGAGAAGGGUUUGUGUCCGCCCUUGUAGCCUGGCGAGGACUGGUGCGGCGUGGGCUGGAGGUGGAGGUAGCGUGAGGGCUGGGGCUGUAUGACAGGCGACGCUGUGGGUUGGAAGGCAGAAACUGUGUCACCAGACCUCUUAGCUCUGACCUCAGACCUCUCUGGGAGGUCUUGGUGACCUUUGACCUACUCCUCUUAGCCUGGGCUAGGGCCAAUAGUCUCUGAGCCUGCACCCAGGUCAUGUUUCUCUUCUUGGAUUUGGACACGCCUCCUCCUCCACCAAUAGGUGACUGUCUAGUCGGGGAGGUCACAUCAGUGUUAGCUCCUCCCUCUUCCUCACUGAUGACUUGGUUACUACUUCCUUGUCCAGUAGACUUGUCGUCAGCCGUCACACCGUUAGUGGUGUCCUCUACUACAUCCUGGUCAACGUGUGAUUCACUGGACUUUUCUCCUCCGUUCUGCAUCACCUUUGAGUAGUCGUGGUCUAGAGGGGCGGUUCUAUCUCCUCUGGGUUUCUUAGCAACCACGGGAGAUGUCGCGCUGUCCUGGGGGCGGGGCCUUAAGCGGAGGCGGAGACCAGAGAGGAUCGCUUCACGUGGACUUGACUUUCGGCGGCCGCCUACCUGGACAACAAUCUCCUCCUUAGUCUCUUUGGCGGGAGUCGUCUCCGUAGCGACAGACCUGGUUAUCACAGCUUCCGUAGACAUGGCAGGGAGGGGGGAAAGCCUCUCCCCCUCCUCAUCUUCCUCCACCCUCGGCGGGUCGCGUACUAGGGGUACUACUGACAAUUGAGCUAAAAACUGUGUCUUAGACAUUUGACAGGGGCCAGAGGGUGAUGGUGUGGUUACAGCAGGGGCUGACGGCUGUAGAGGGGCUUCAUCAGACGUCUCUGGGACAGCAGGUGACUUCGGAGGUGGCACGGUGGAGGAGCGUUGCACAUGCUCAGUGACCAAUGACGCCUGCUUUUCAGGGGUGCCGGAAGGUUCUGUCAACUCAGUCGGAGACGGAGAGGACUGGACCGGUGGUGUUAACGAUGUUGCCGUGCCAACACCCGACUGCUCCAAAACCGUAGGCGGUUGCGGUUGUGUUGGUGGUGCGGCCGGUGGUCCAUCGGUUACGGCUGUAGGCCUAGCUGGUUGUGUUGAGGGCACUACUAUUGGACGAGCUACAGGUAGUACGUCUGUGUGAGACUGUGAUGGUGGUGCUCGAGGAGGUCGGGGUGGACGAGGGGGUACGAGGCUGGGCUGUGUAUCCUGAAGAGGGGUACUGGGUAACCCGGAGAGGACAGGUGGCGGGCGCUCUGACGCUGCUGCUGUCGCCGUUACGGUAGACUGGACCGCUGUGGUCGUUUGGACAGUUUCUUUUGACAGAGUAGUUACCGUGGACUGGACCAUUACAGUCGACAGGACAGUUGAUGUAGACUGGAUAGUGGCUGGUGAUUGAGGAGAUGCUGUCAGGUGUAAUGUUGAUGGAGACUCUGCUGCUGGUAUUACCAGUGACUGCUGUUCUGUUCCAGGGGCCUGGUCCUGCCCUGCACUGCCCCUGGUAACCCCUCUGGUCCUGGGCUGGGAUGGGCUGAGAGCCUGGGGGGCCUCCUGGGUGUCUGGAUCUCCCUGGAGGAGGGCCGCUGCGGCUCC